AUGAACCGCACAAUGGGUGGACUCUCCGCACCGUCUCGGUGUAUCCUUUUCCUCCUCUUCAUAUACUUCGAACCCAUCGCAGCGUGGAGAGGCACCAACACGAACCAGUUUCGCGAAUGGUACCCUCAACAUGGCCACAUAUUCGAAGCUCUUAAGCAGAAGUACUGCAUGACCCAAUACCGACAAUACCUUACUGGCAACACAUCUGCCGUCGAACGUGACAUUCUCGGUGGGGGUGGAGCCAACAGUGUGUUGACACAGCCUGUCAUCCAAUGUAUCUUGAACAACACGAGCGAGUAUGUCAAAAAUGGCAUGACAGCAGCCCAGGUUCUCCUCGGCGUCAUGCCCACCGUCCUCGCCGUGAUGGGUCCUUCGACCGAGGAAAUGAGCAUGCUCGCGAAUGUAGCACGGCGACCUCUCCUCGCACUCAUGCUUGCCGCCGGAUCGCCCAGCGUGUACUUCAGCCGGGCCUUUGAAUACCAUGAUCCCGCCCAGAUCCUCCACGACCACCCGAGCAGACUCCCACAGUGGCGCCCAAGCAUGUGGUACUACAAGCUGUCCAUCUCCAUGGCCGAAUACAUCAUCGCCCUGGCUGCCAUAGCCAACAUUGCUACUCUCAACUGGGAGCUCGGCGUCAAGGCCACAUGCACCCUGUGGACGAAUCGCACCUUCGGGCCAACGAUAUGGGCACUGCUAGGCCUGGUCGUACACAUUUUCGGAACCAUAGGUCUGCGGCUCCGCGUCUGCGGCUGGCGAGGUCCAAAGAAAGAGGUUCUCGAGGCAGUCAAGAGAAAGAAAGAGGCAGUCAAGAGAAAGGAAGAGGCAGCCAAGAGAAAGGAAGAGUCGGCCUUUCAUAUUCGAGAGAGGCUCGCGCCGGCAGGCGGAUGGAUUUCGAGCAUUCCCAGGCGCUUGCUCGGCCUUCUCAAGACAGAGCCCAUACCGAGUGCCUCGGAAGGCUAUGACGUGCGCAUCGUCACCUUCCAAGAGAGCAAGCUCUUCUUGGUCGCGGCCUGGGUUGGAUCCAUGGCCACCGUCCUUCAUAUCAUCUUCGGGACCCUGAUCUUUUCAAGCACCAUCUUCGUGGGCGUGGAGGAUGCGCUAUCCAUCGUGGGACGGUACAUGGCUAGUGUUUCCAUCUGUCGAAUUAUCCUCAUGUAUGAGCUGGCUGGACUUCGAGAGUCGGUUGAAUCCAUCCUCCUUCUGUCCAGACGGGACACAAAGGUCCGGGAGGUGUCAACACAGACAACAACCCUUUCCCAUGAUUUCGGCGAUGACCAGAUGAUCAAACGGCAGGUACGCGCAACGGUGGUGUCGUCGCAGGUUUAG